AUGGCGCCAAGCAUGAAAAUCGACCCCCUAAAAGGCGCAGAGAACUGGAAUAUUUGGCGAAUAAGGCUAAAAGCCUUGCUAGCAAAGGACGACCUAGGCUACAUCAUUAGGCCUAAAAAGGAAUUCUUUAAGAAUACACCUAAAGAUAAGAUCGAAGAAUAUAUAGAAAAACGAAAAUCCGACUCUGAAUAA